AAUGUCGAAUAGUUUCUAUUAUGAUAAUGAAUAUGAAUUUCCUCAAGUUAAAUCAACUAAAGGAUGGAUGAAGAAAGAAGAUUCCGACUCUACAUUAACUGUCUUAGCAGUUUUAUCAAUAUUAAUAUUUUUAGGAGUUUUAUUAGUCUUUAUCUUCUGUGGUAAAAAAAAAGGUUGGUUUUGUCGUACUGAAAAGAAGACAGAUAUUGUAAGUGGACCAUCCUCGGACGCGUCCCUUAAUACUUCUACUGGAAAACAAUCAAUUCAAAGCGACCUACAACCUAAAAAGAGUAUUGAUGAGGAUGCUGACCAAAAGACUAAAAAGAAUACAUUACUUAAUAAAACUGUGUCAGAGACUGGUAAGAAAGCAUCUAUGGAUCAAGCAUGGAGUCAAAGUUUAAUGAAUAUGACAAAUGCUCUACAAAAUCAAAUGAGUUUCCAAAAUGUUCCUCAACAAAGCUUCCCAGUUGACGCUUAUGGUCCACAACACAUUAUGCAACUUCAAUUAUUACUUAAUCAACAAAAAGCCCUACAAAAUAAAAAAUUGUCAAUUAUCGACGACCGAGAACGUAGAAAAGACUCUGUUUCUCGCAGUAGUAAUCCAGCAGAUGAUGAAGAUAGAUCAAAGGGUGGGAGGGUUUAUAAAGGGACAAGAAAAGGCGGUAAAUUAAAAAUAGCAGAAGAACCAGAAGUAGCUCAUUUUGAGAAAGAUGAAGACAAUCAUCAAGAAAUAGGAAUUUAA